AAAUAUAAAUAAGUUAAUCAUAUCACAGUUUUAAGCAUCAAUAUUUUCAAGAAAAUCCUAAAAAUGGAUGAACAAACAAAAAGAUAUCAACUAUUACACAAUGCAGCACUUGAAGGAGACUUACCUUCAUUGCUCAAGUUAAUUGAAGAAGAUAAAUUUAUCCUCGACCGAUUUAUCAUUGAUAAAUCAGCACAUUUCAAUCAAACACCGUUACAUGUAGCUUCAGCAAAAGGGCAUUUAGAGAUUGUCAAAGCCUUACUUGGGGUAAACCCUAUUAAGUGUUUCGUACGUGACCAUGAUGGAAUGAACCCGAUUCAUGUAGCAGCGAUAAAUGGUCAAAAUUAUGUGAUUGAUGAGCUUAUUCGGGUGAAUCCACAAGCGGUUAAUGAGCGUACUUAUGGUGGUGAAACUGUGCUUCACUUGUGUGUGAAACAUAAUCAAUUGGAAACUCUUAAGCACUUGGUAGCUGUAACGGAUGAUGGGGAGUUGUUGAACUCUAAGGAUAGUCAUGACAAUACUAUUUUGCAUCUUGCUGUGGCAUCGAAACAAAAUGAGAUGACAAAUUUCUUAGUGAAUAAGAGAAGGAUGAAGAAAAAUGUCAUGAACAAAAACGGAUCGACAGCAAUGGAUAUAUUUAUAGAAAACAAAAAGGGUGUAAAUGAUAAGGAAAUUUGUAAAUCUCUUAAACGUGCACAAGCAGUAGGAGCAAAAGAAGCAAAAAAUACGACAAAGAAGCAGCCUGCUGCUUGGGUUAAGAAACAACGCAAUUCACUUAUGGUUGUCGCGUCCCUUAUUUCAACCAUGGCUUUCCAAGUCGGAACUAAUCCUCCUGGAGGCGUUUGGCAAGAAACCACAACAUCCCGCACUGCAGGUAUCUCUGUAAUGGCAGAUAUCAGCGCUGAUGAUUAUAACAGGUUACUUACAAGUAGCACAGUUGGACUGAUUUCAUCUCUUAGUGUCAUCCUUAUGCUUAUAAGUGGGCUUCCUUGCAAGCGAUUUUUUGUGGUUAUUUUGGUGAUUGUUAUGUGGUUUGCGAUCACUUCAACGGCUUAUACUUACGUGAUUUCGAUUAAGUUUGUGUCGGGUCUUAAAAGCACGAUCUGGUUUAGAGUUUUUGAAUACACAACUUAUGUUUGGACAAUAUCGACGAUUUCUGUUUUGAUUGGACAUGUUAUUUGCACUUUAUUCAAGAUCAUCAAACAUCUGUGUCGAUCCGUCAUCAAAUUAUUCAGAAAUACAUGUGUAAGGCCCAGAUUCGGCUCUAUUGCAGUUUAAUGCUUAGGUAGAGGUGCUCAUUCGAUCUAGCCAUCAAGUUGAUUUCAGAUUAUGUAUUUUGUGUCGAUCAGUUAAGUAUCUGAUUAUCAGAUUUGUUUUGCACACCUCUAGUUCUAAGUAAUUUGUUAUGUGGUGUAAACUCUUUAAUGUGGGUAAUGGGUAUGGAUUAUUGUUGGCUUAUAGCAUUGGUAUGUUGAUAUAUAUGCACCUUUUAUUUAAUAUAGAGUUACUUGUACAAUAAACUUAAUUUCCUCUAAAAUGUACCAAGUCUUAAGUAUAACGAUCCAUAUUGUUGUUGAUAAUAAAUAAUGAUGUUAAUCAAUCGUUAAUGUAAUUUGGUUGGAAAA